AUGUUUUGCCAACCACCCGAAGAAGAAUCACAAAUAGUCCGAAGUGUUCCAGGAAACAAAAAACAUCGAAAACCUAAGAAGAAAAAUAAAUUCAAAAGAGAGGUGAAGAAAAAACAUACAAAAUUUGCAAACACAAUGUCAGCUUGGGCAGAAAACUUUGCUGUGGCUGCGACUUGGCAAUUAAAACACCAAGUUGCUUAUUGGAAAGCGCGUGCUAAGGCUCUAGAAUAUGAAAAUACAGUUUUACACGAUGUUAUACGUAGAAAUAAUUUAGUUGUGCGUAAUAAACCCACUUCAAAUACUGAUAGUAAAAUGCGAACUGAUCCCGAGGUUGACAAUAGUGAAACAGAAAGUGAGGAUGAUGAAGAGGUUCCAGAUGAGGAAGACUUCGAAGUAAGUGAAGAGUUCAUACAGUUUUUGACGGCCAACGCCAAAUAUAAGGAAGACGCUAAAAGGGAACGAGAAAGAUUAAAAAAAUGUGAAGAAGAAAAUCAAGAAAAUUUACAUGAAGAGCCUAGAGAAACAUUUGAAGAGAAUAGGGAAAGAAUGAAAGAGCUUUAUGGUGAUAAGUGGCAGAGAAUAUCUGCAUUAGAAAUGUCUUUAUUGACAACUUUCAUUCAUGAUUCUGAUAAAAACAAACCAAAAUACUGGCCAAAUAUACCAUUCAACUUCAAUAGUAGC